AUGACAGUCCCCACGAAAACGGGGACGCCAACGCGGACACCUCGUCAUAACAGAAGUCCUAUUAAGAUGAGGAAAGCUGGACUCACGAUUGCCCAGAAGCAGGCUCUCAUCGACAACCUACAGCUCGAGAUUACCGAACGCGCCAGGCGGUUACGAGCACAAUACAACCUUCAGGCCCAGGGCCUCCGAUCCAGGAUCGAGAUUCGUGUUAAUCGCAUUCCAAUCUCCCUUCGGAAGAUGAUCAUGGGCGAGCUCCUCGCCAAGCUUGAGAAACAACAGGAACGCGCAGGCGCCUCGACGCGCCCUCCGCCAGUCCCCAUGAAGGACAUUCACCCCAGACUGAGUCCGCAAAAGUCCUCACAAUCACUGGCCCAUUCCCCCUUUAAGCCGCCACGAGGAUACAAGAGAUCAAGCGACGAAUUUGUCGGACCCGACAAGGAAAACGAGCUCGGCAUCGAGAAUCCUAAAAAGAGAACUCGCGGAGCGAACGUCGCAGCAACCCAACCCGCCCAGAUCCUCUCUCCCACAUCUUCCAACUCUCGCCUCACCCCCAGAAAACGCGCCCCCCCCCCCUCUCCCACCAAGUCCCUCAUCGCUCGACCCGCGUCACCUACCAAGCCCCCAACGACCCAACGCGGCGCCGGCCUACUCUCGACCAUGGUGGAGAAGGCAAAGGCUACACGCGCCGCCGGAGUCCGCAAGGCCACGACGGCAUCAACUGUUAGUACUAGUUCUAGUUCGGCAGCCGCGUCCACGGGAACAACCCGUGGUAGGAGACCCGCAGCCACCACCGCGACAAGGACGACAACUUCUCGGGCUGCUGCCACGCGUCGGGAAGACGACCCGGGCUCCUGCGGCGAGGAAGACCGCAACCACAACAACGAAGAGAGCCACCACUACUACUGCAGCGGCUACGGCGAAGAGGACGGCCGCUGCAAAGACCGCCGCCAAGACUACGACGGCAUCAGCUCCCACAACUACCCGGGUGCUCAGGAAGCGAGGUUAGUGGAGACACGGAUGGCAUUGGGCUGA